AUGGCACCACUGAAAUCACCACCACCACCAAAGUCUACUGAUGCUGUAGAAAAGCAAAUAUUGGAAUUGAGUAUUGAUGAAAACGCACCAAAUGUCAUUCAUCAAAAGAAUCUCGCUGCUGAAAGAUUAAACAAAGCUAAAACGAAGCGUGAUCAAGAGAUUCAAUCUUUGAAAGAUGAGCAGGCUGUGAAUGCAAGGAAAGGUGAAUUGAUCCAGCUACAUUCGAGUCUAGUUGAUGAAUGUAGACAAUAUGUUCAACAAUUUGUGGAUCAGCAAAUGGAUUGGACAAAUAUGGAGUUGGCAAUCAAACUUGAAAAGAAGAAGCCGGGAUCCAUUGCUAGGUAUAUUGAGUUACCUUUACGUUUGAAGGAGAAUCGUUUUGUUGUAAGGUUGGAGGAUCCUGAUAGUCGUGGCGAAGUCAACGGGAAGUCCUUGGAUGGCAGUGAUGAAAAUAGUGAGUCGGACAGCAACACUGACUCUGAUUCUGAUUCUGAUUCUGACUCUGCCUCUGACAGCGACGAUACCGAUAGUAAUAAAGAGUAUACGUCUAGCCCUGCAAAAGAGAAAUCUCCAGCACCUGAUAGCUCCCUUACAGAAAAGUACACCAAUAAGGGAACACCUGUCAGUAUUGAUUACACGUUGAGUUCCUAUGCUAAUGCUAGCUUCUACUUUGAGAUCAAGAAAGCGGCAGAGGCUAAGCAGGCUAAAGUUCAAAAAGGUGCUGAAAUCGCCUACAAAAACGCUGAGAAAAAGAUUAAUCAGGAUUUGGUAAAGAACUUGAGACGGGAGAAUGGGGGUGUUUCUAAACUGGAGAGGGAAAAAUUCUGGUUUGAAUCUUUUUACUGGUUUGUUUCAAGUGAAGGGUAUUUGUGUUUGGCGGGUAGAACCAAAUCGCAAACCGACAUGCUUUAUUUCAAAUACUUUAGUGAUGACGAUUUUCUUGUGAGUUCAGAGAUCGAAGGAUCGUUAAAAGUGUUUGUCAAGAACCCAUUAAAAGGCGAGUCAGUGCCGCCAUCAACAAUUUUGCAAGCGGGGAUUUUUGCAAUGUCUGCAUCGCAGGCUUGGAAUGGGAAAGUCAAUACUGCGGCUUGGGUGUUGCAUGGGAGUGAAGUGUCAAAGUAUAGUAGUUCAUCGGGAGCUUUACUUCCGCCUGGAGAUUUUGAGUACCUUGCGAAAAAGCAUUUUCUACCUCCAGCUCAGUUAGUCAUGGGGUUUGGGUUGUACUUUUUAGUUGAUGAAGAGUCAGCAGAACGAUACAAACAGCAGAGGGUUGGAAAGGAGAAGGAGCAUGGGUUAGUGAGGGUUUUGGACAACAAAAAACGAGUACUUGAAAAUACAAAAGUGACCAAUGUGAAGACAGAGGAGGUUUUAGAAGAGCGUGGAUCAGAACUUGAUGACACAGAUUCUGAAAUUCAAGAUUCCUCAACCACAAAGAGUAAGAGAGCCAAGUCGAAAAAGAAUACUUUAAAGUAUGAUGACUUGGAUGAAGAGGAGAAAGAGUUGAGAAUGAAGUUGUUGGGGAUUGGUAAAAAGAACAAAGAGGUGAAGAGGGAGAGCAAAGUACUGCAAGCACCUAAAACCAAAGGCGAUGCCAAUGAGGCCAGUAGACAGAAACAAGAGGAAGAAGUACAAGGGUAUCUACUUGAAGCAGAUGCUUCUAAUGAAGCCCUCUCAUCAUUUUUUGAUACGAUGGAUUACCUAACUCCUAAGCCCGCCGUUGGUGAUACUGUUCUUGACGUGGUGCCAGUAUUUGCGCCAUGGUCCGCGUUGCAAAAAUUCAAGUAUAAAGCCAAAAUUCAGCCGGGAUUGGCUAAGAAAGGGAAAUCAAUUAAUGAAAUUAUCAACUACUUUACAAAAAGACGUUUGGAUACCAGCAGGUCAGACCCUGACGUAGACUGGCCAGCUGAGAGAGAGCUUGUCAAUGCAGUCAAACCGAAUGACUUGAUGGGCGUGUUUACUGUGAACAAGAUGAGAUUAAUAGUCCCAAAGAAUAAGUAG